AUGUCGGCACAAAGGACUCGAAAGACUGCAGAGGCUCUGCGUUGCUCGACAUGUAAAGAGCGCAAAAUCAAGUGCGAUGGAACGCGGCCCGUCUGUCAAAACUGCCAAAAGGCGCAUCGGGAGUGCCGCGCAGGCCAUGCCUUUGAGUUGUCGUGGCCCAAGCCAAAAUCAAGGCGGGCUCUAGAGGGCCCCAAGAACGACAGAAAGUACUUGAUGGUGCAAAGCCGGAUGCACUCUCGCUUGGUUCACAAAGGCGGCAACAGCUACUACUUUGUCAAUGUGCUUUCUGAGCAGGUCGCUGCACACCAUCUGCUUCCGUACGUAUCGACUAGCCAAGGCACACGAUCGAUCUUAUUCGACCGCACGUACGCAGAAGAUCCGUACCUGGCUGUUUUGCCCAACAAAGCGCCAUCUCUAUACGCUGACUUCGAACGGCUCCAAUCGGACGGGUCGGGCCUUAUGUCUUACUUCUACCACGAAGCUUCCAACUCCUUGCCCCAGCUCGACAAUGAGCCGCAGCAGUUCCGAGACCUGCUGCUGCGGAUGUCUCUAUACGACAACACAGCCUCUUCCAAAGCGGUUCUUUACUCUCUCUUCUGUCUGUCUGCACUGAGGCGCUAUGGAAAUGUCCAAGAAUGCGCUCAUUUCAAGAUCUUGGCACUCCAGUCGCUUCAGCAGGCGGCCAAAAUCGAGGGCAUCGGUGCGGCUCACAUCCUGCAGCACAUGGCCGCCGGCCUACUACUGUGCCGGGCCGAGAUCAGCCUGGGCGACGACUCGAACGUCUUCUGGGCCCUGUACAUCUGCAGUCUUCGAACGGUCUGCAGCCACUCCCUCAAUGAGAAAUUCAAAAGAGGAGAAGUCAUUGACGGCGACGCCACCAUUCUCUACCGAUACCUACAUUACCACGACAUCUUAGCCCAGUUUAGCGUGAGCCAUUGGCAACGGCCAACGGACAUGGUGGGGGAACUGAGCAUGACUUUCAAAGGCCAAACCGUGGAAUUCAAAUGCACCACCCACUUUGACCGUUUCUACUAUUGUGGCUGGGGCGAUUAUCUCCAGUACGAAAUCCAUAUUCUGUCCUUGGUUCUCAAGGCCUCGAAAGAGGCACAAUUAGACCUCGAAGUCCAUCCCGGCCAAAGCCACGCCGAAAAUGUCAACCGCCUAGAAGCGGAGAUCAACGAGUUCCUGAAAAACAGCAAGUUGGCCUGUGCCGACCUUGGCUCCGUCGACGAGAAAAACCCAGCCGCGGCGGCGGACGCCGGAUUGCGGCUACAGCGCUAUCUCUUCAUGGCAUCCACUUGGAUCUAUUUUCAGCGGACGUGCCGCCACUUGACCGGCCCGUCGGCGGCGGUGGAUGCAUUGUUUGAUGAGAUCUUUGCCAUGAGCUCCGACAUGCAACGCCUCGACGUCCGCAUCACACCCUUUUCUCUGUUUUUGAUCGGCGCCGAAGCCAACACAGACGCCCGUCGCCGGGCCGUCCUGGAUGUUAUUCACAGCCGGCCCGAACUCAUGCCCGUUGCAUCCAAGGCGCUCGAACUGCGCGGCGACAAAUCGACGCCAUCGUACGUUGAUUGCCUCGUCGCUGCGGCAUGGGCGCAAGACGACCUCCAUGACGACUCCGACGGCUACCUCGAUUACGUGACCAAGAUGCAAUACGUGAUUUCGGCCAGGGCAGUCCUUCCCGCUCUUGUGUAA